UUACAAUUCGUAUACUAUUCAAGAUCACUUUACAAGUAAUCACUUUAUAAACUGAAUCAAUAUCAUCCCAAUUUUCAAACAUUUAAAUGAAUUAAAUAUUAACAGAACAUACUUUAGUGUGAAGGUGAACACCAAAAUUUAUUCUGUGAUGUCAUGCGCAAAAUCCACGUAGUAGUACUUUAACUCGUGGGAGUUCUCGAAAUUUCGCUCAUUUAGGAUUCUCCGUGAAAGUACUAAAUUUUCGUUGGAAAACCCGGAGCAAGUAGUUAAAAUAAUAUCUUUGGUUAAAGGAUACUUUAUUUUUAUGUACCAUAAACGUUCAUUCACUAGUAUUUUUAAAUUAGAACUCGUUUGGAAAAGUGAAAACCGGAUUACAAAAUUUUGAGGUUAACUUUUCUAUUGACACUUCUAUUAAUUACAUUGAAAAAAGCCAACUUCACAGAUCAGUCGCGUUUCUCCCCUUUUGUCGCGAAACCAUCCGUUCGUUGCUGUCCACAAGUUGUUCGGCAGUCCCUUCCCGUUGAUCAAAAAGUGUUCGUUUUUUAGUGUACAAUUCACCAUUAAGUGCGUCUGAUCCAGUGGAAAAACAGGAGCCACUUUUCGGUGGUUGCCUAAGCCCUGACACUCGAUUGAGAAGACGAGACAAUGGUUGACUACUACAGAAUCCUCGAUGUCUCCCGGACUGCUACAAGCGGAGACAUAAAGAAAGCCUACAGAAAAUUAGCUCUGAAAUGGCAUCCCGACAAAAAUCCCGAGAAUCUAGAAGAAUCCAACAAAAAAUUCAAGGAAAUAUCAGAAGCCUACGAAGUUCUAAUUGAUGAGCGGAAGAGGCGAGUCUAUGAUGAGUAUGGAAAGGAGGGUCUUCAAAUGCCUGGAGGCAAGAGGCGUCACGAGGACGACUUUAGCAACGUCUUCGCAGGCACAUUCGUCUUCAGGGAUCCCGAAGAUGUCUUUAGAGAAUUUUUCGGUGGGACGCCGUUCGAAGACUUGUUUGGAGGCUUCGGUGGAAAUAUAUGGACUGGUGGCAGGCACAGUCAUCCUAGUAACAAUAGCUUGAGCACAUCCUUCUUCUCGCCAUUUGCGCCAUUCGGCUUUGGUGAUUUGAUAGGCGCAGGAGGUGGAGGAGGUCCAAACUUUACCUCCUUCAGCACAUUCAACAACUUUGGUGGACCCAGCGGCGGGACUGCCAUGAAGCGAACUAGCACGUCUACGAGGUUCAUCAAUGGAAAGAAGAUCACUACGAAAAAAGUCACCGAGAACGGGAAGGAGACCAUAAUGUCCUUCGAAAAUGACGUGUUGAAGUCGAAAACAGUGAACGGAGUGCCUCAAUCCAUAACGUUGGACGAAGCAUCGACGAGUCGUCAGGUCAACGACCGAAUCCACGACGGGGCGUCGCUCGGGACCCACGGCUCCAAAAUACACCACGACCAUCCCAAGGGUUCCAGGCUAAAGUCGCACCACCACUCGCACUCGAGUGCGAAACACGACAAGAACAAGAGGAAGUAAACUUAAGAAGCUUAGCUGCGAUUCUUUUUCCUAACUGCUCUUUUUAAACAAAAUCAUUUGUAAGUUGUAACUACGAACUUUAGUGACGAUGAAUACUAGUAACAAACAACAACAGCAGCAGCUCUAGAUUUCCGUCUCGUCUGUCUGCUGAUACGUGGAAACGCAUUUCAGGGACAGUGCUGGAGCCAGGAAAAUGUCCGGUUUGUUAAUUGGCACGGCAUUGAUACGAUGAUAGCUUAAUCCAAAAGUAAUGCGAGAACUGUACGGCUAAGGUAAAUAAAUUUAAUCCUGUAACGGCAACAACUUUCCUUCUCACUUUCAAUGACAGAGUGAUACAACACCGAGUUGCGAGACAAAUCGGACUGCUCCGAGGUCUCGGUCGGAAUCAUCUUUCGUAGUACUUACAAUACGUGUAACUGGAAUUUUCUUGAAUGUGUCGAGUGCAUGAGACUUGAUGGAAAAAGAGUGUGAUGAUCGACGAGUGACGAAUGUUGCGCUCUUAUGUUAGUAGAAAGACAACAAACUUAGGCGUUGUACAAAGUAUUGAGCAACUCGGUGUGAAAGCGCGAUUCCGGAAGUGCAUCGCUUUGUAAGAAUGACUAACGAUUCGACGAUUACUUGCGCGCUUGUACAAUUUCCAAUCUCAAUUAGCAAUUUUCAUGAGGAAAAAACAAAAUUUAAACCGUAUACUUUAAUCACAAGCUCAAGUUAAUUACAAUUUAAUUUUCGCGCCACAAUUUGACGUCACUUGGUAGUGGCACGAGUUUAAAAGAGUGACGCGAUAUCUGAAUUGUCUUGAAGAAUAAUUUUUAUUUUAAUAGUUUCUAGAUAAUGGAUUCAAGAAGUUUGGAAAUACGUAUAUACUCUUGAGUAGCAAUUUUUUUUAUAUAAAUUACGAAGCGAUAAUAAGUUCAUAUCCAUAAUAUUGAUAUCACGUUCCAUUGAGGAUAUUGUCGAUUUGGAAGUAAUAUUUCUUGGAUCUGUUUUCUUGAAGAAACGGUUCUAAACUAUCCUUGGACAUAUUAUAUUAUUUACUGGUAGAAAUAUUACUUUCAUCGAUGAAAUUAAUCGUGUAUCUAAACAUAAGGUUUACUUGAUGAUCUUGCACUAUGGGUUUGCAGAUCGUAAAUAAGUGUAACGAUUGUUAAACAGGCAAUUAUAAUUAAAUUAUUCCUAGUAUCAAGGAACAAUCAUCCGAAUUGAAAUGACUUUUUAUUUGUGAAUCAGAAGCGCAUUGUUAGAAGGAAUAAGUAUUUUCGCGAAAGGUUCCAUCUUAUAGCU